AUGCUUGAAGAGAGAGACUUCCCUGUGAUCCCCGGUGAUUUGAUGCCAGACGGAAUCUCCCACGAGCUACAGCAGCACAUCAGCGCGCUUGUUGGUUCGAGAGGCUCGCACUUUGUUGGAUCUCAGCCUGUUUCCUUCGAGGCUGCCCAUUUGACUGAGACGCUACUACAGAGGGACUACUUUGUCUGUGAGAAGAGUGAUGGAUUGAGAUGUCUGAUGUUUUGCAUCCUGGACCCAAACGGCGACGAGGCGGUGUUCCUCAUAACGAGAGAGAACCAGUUCUACAGGGUCCCCAACUUCCAUUUCCCACUGCCGGGCGAUGAGAACAGCUGCCACAAUGGAACGCUGAUUGACGGUGAGCUGGUUCUCUCCAAGAGGCCCACUGAUGGCGUCAAGGAGUUGAGAUACCUGAUGUUUGACUGUCUUGCGAUAAAUGGUCGAAACAUUGUUAUGAAGCUGUUGCCCAACCGUUUGGGUUAUCUCGAUACGCAGUUUUACAGACCGUACUUCAAAUUGAGAGAGCAACAUCCACAAGCCUGUGAAUCAUUCCCUUUCAAACUCAACUUGAAGAAUAUGCAGAUGAGCUACAAGUUGCCAAAAGUGCUCGACAGUAUGAAGUAUCUGGGGCACGUUUCAGAUGGAUUGAUCUUCACAUGCUGUGAAACUCCGUACUUCUUCGGCACAGAUAGUACACUGCUCAAGUGGAAGCCAAGUGAAGAGAACACUGUGGAUUUCAAGCUACGGUUGGAUAUCCCACUGUAUGUCGAUGAGGACCUUGACGAGAGAGAUCCGGAUAGGGUUUAUCCAAAUUAUGACGUGAAGCCAACGCUGAAGCUACAUGUGUGGCAAGGAGACAGGCAAGGGGUAUCUGAAUACACUGAACUUACGAGGUUGGAAUGCACAGAUGAGGAAUGGGAGCAGUUGAGAUCGUUAGACCAACCUCUAGAUGAAAGGAUUGUCGAGUGUAAUAGGGAUUCGACUGGAAAUUGGCAUUUACUGAGGUUCCGUGAUGAUAAGUCUAACGGCAACCACGUUACAAUUGUGAAAAAGGUGUUGCAGAGUAUUCAAGAUGCAGUGUCGAAGGAGGAGUUAAUUGAAAUGGCACCUCAGAUCGAGAAGAGCUGGAAAGAACGUGCGAUGAGACGUAGGCAUCGUGAUUCGUGGGAUGGGAAUCAGUCCAUUUCCCAUGAGGCCCAUGACUCUGCUAACGACCACCACAGGGGUGCUCAUCACCCUCAUCAAGAACAUCGCCAGAAUCAGGGACACAGUAACAACCAGCAGCCACAGUACUUCGACGAUGACUCUGAAGAAGAUAACUAA